AUGGGCGACCUCCAAUUCGCGAAGCAGUUUCUGACAUCGCUGGACAACAAGCCGAACAAAUACCAGCCCGACCAUGUCUUUGAUCCGACGACGUUUCAAAUGCGGUUGCCGAUCGCCUGUUGGAGGAUGACGUUGUUCCUGGACCGUGCUAACAAAGAUAUUUUUGUUUACGAGCAGUAUACCCUGCCCAAGCUCUCAACACCACCACACCCGCCGCCGCCUAAAUCAGUCGCUGUCCCCGAACCACCGCCUGGCUCCCAACCCCCGACACCCACCAUCACCCUGAUCCUCAAAUCUGCGCGCAAUCCCAACAUGACCCUGGUGAUUCCGUCGACGCCGCCCACGACGGCGACAAUCCAAGUUCUCAAGGAACGUAUCCAAACGUACCUAGGAGGGCCCAGCGUGGUGAAUCUGGAUAAGAUCAAGUUACUCUUGAACAAGAAGCCCAUACCACCGAGUAAACGAACCGUUGCAGAGGCGCUGGAAGGGUCCGGGUUGACUGCAGGGUCCGAUGUGGAGAUUGGUGUCAUGAUCAUGGGCGGCGCUCCCGACCCGCCUCAGAGUCACAUCACAGCAUCGCUACACGAGACCAUAACGGAUGCACUGGAGGCAGCGGCAGGGACAGGUGCUGCGCAGACGGGAGUCAAAAGAGAAGAUGCACAAGGCACGCCCAUGGAAGUUGUACUGACGUCGGGGACGAGUGUAUUAGAGUCAAAGGAGUUUUGGGAUGAUUUACAAAGGUUUUUGGAGCAGCGGAUAGGCAAGUCCGACGAGGCCGGGAGGAUAAAGGGGAUCUUUGAACGGGCGUGGAGGAGUUCAACGGCGAAGCCUUGA